UUCUGAAUUUCCGUGACCCGGAAGUACUUUGUUAGGGUUGCCGAUGAGAUUUUGAUCAAUAUACCCCUACAGUUUUAUUAAGUAGAUAUUAUUAGCCAUGUCUCAAGACGGAUUUCAACCUACACUUAUAAGGACCACGCACAAUAACAACACGAGCUCGAGUAUUCAACAACCACAGGCACCGUGCCCUGGUAAAACACCCAUACAAGUUCUACAUGAAUAUGGAACAAAAAUUGGUAACCUUCCCGUGUACGUGAUGGAAAAGGCUGAAGGAGAGGCGCACCAACCCAGCUUUAUUUUCAACGUUACAAUAGGAGAUGUGUCCUGCACAGGUCAAGGAGCCAGUAAAAAAGCCGCCAAACAUCAGGCCGCUGAGUCUGCCCUGAACCUUCUGGAAAUAGAUCCUGGAACACACCUUCACAUAAAGAAGGAGAGUAAUGGCAACCCAGCAAAGCCUAACGACCAACCCAACUCAGUGGGGAAACUGCAGGAGCUGGCCCUGCAGCGGGGGUGGCGUCUCCCUGAAUACACUGUUUUCACAGAGGCAGGCCCACCUCACAAGAGAGAGUUCACUGUUACCUGCAGAAUGGAGUCGCUCACAGAGACUGCAACGGGAAAUUCCAAGAAGGUGGCUAAAAAGGCAGGUGCUGAGAAGAUGUUGGCAAAACUUCUAAAUGUGUCUGGUUGUCCUGAAAUCACAUGGAUCCCAAAGCCCGGUGUCCGAUUGGAGAACUUGCGUAACUCCUCAGCAGAGAAGAUGUCUCUCCUGAGAAGGAACCCAGUCAGUAUUCCCAACACAGACUACAUCCAGAUGAUGCUGGAGCUGUCCCAAGAGCAGGGCUUCGAAGUCACAUACUUUGACAUUGAUGAGCUGACAGUGAACGGGCAGUACCAGUGCCUGGCAGAGCUUUCCACCUCACCCGUCACCGUAUGCCACGGCACGGGCAUCUCCUGCGACAACGCACACAACGACGCUGCACACAACGCUCUCCAGUACAUCAAGAUCAUGGCUUCCAUCAAAUGAGCGAUCGUCGUAAACUGCACAGAUGUUUUUUUAAGGAAAAACAAUAUUUAAUCUCAACUGAAAGGUAUCCUCCAUCUCCCACUGUUUUCACUCCUUACCCCAGUGUUCACUUUGUGUGGAAUUGGUGAAUAUUGAAGGCAGUAUCAAUAGAAAUCAUGCCAUUCAGACAAAUCUACCUAGUUGAUGUUUUUUUUUUACAGUGACAGGAAACACAGUUCAUCACCUGUGGUGUCUGUUGGCCAUUUUAAAAUUAGUUUAAGAAAAAGAUCAGCGGUUCACAGUGAAAGCUAAUCCUGUGGAGUUUAUGUACUAUGGAAAAACAAGGACAAGGGAAUAGAAUGGACACUAGUCUUGAAAGGCCUUGCUGCCAUAAUGUUGACAUGUUGAGAACAGUCUCCACCCUAUCCCAUUGUUGACAUGUUGAGAACAGUCUCCAUCCUAUCCCAUUGUUGAGAACAGUCUCCACCCUAUCCCAUUGUUGACAUGUUGAGAACAGUCUCCAUCCUAUCCCAUUGUUGAGAACAGUCUCCACCCUAUCCCAUUGUUGACAUGUUGAGAACAGUCUCCAUCCUAUCCCAUUGUUGAGAACAGUCUCCACCCUAUCCCAUUGUUGACAUGUUGAGAACAGUCUCCAUCCUAUCCCAUUGUUGACAUGUUGAGAACAGUCUCCACCCUAUCCCAUUGUUGACAUGUUGAGAACAGUCUCCAUCCUAUCCCAUUGUUGACAUGUUGAGAACAGUCUCCACCCUAUCCCAUUGUUGAGAACAGUCUCCACCCUAUCCCAUUGUUGACAUGUUGAGAACAGUCUCCAUCCUAUCCCAUUGUUGACAUGUUGAGAACAGUCUCCACCCUAUCCCAUUGUUGAGAACAGUCUCCACCCUAUCCCAUUGUUGACAUGUUGAGAACAGUCUCCAUCCUAUCCCAAUGUUGACAUGUUGAGAACAGUCUCCAUCCUAUCCCAUUGUUGACAUGUUGAGAACAGUCUCCAUCCUAUCCCAUUGUUGACAUGUUGAGAACAGUCUCCAUCCUAUCCCAUUGUUGACAUGUUGAGAACAGUCUCCACCCUAUCCCAUUGUUGACAUGUUGAGAACAGUCUCCACCCUAUCCCAUUGUUGAGAACAGUCUCCACCCUAUCCCAUUGUUGACAUGUUGAGAACAGUCUCCAUCCUAUCCCAUUGUUGACAUGUUGAGAACAGUCUCCAUCCUAUCCCAUUGUUGACAUGUUGAGAACAGUCUCCACCCUAUCCCAUUGUUGAGAACAGUCUCCACCCUAUCCCAUUGUUGACAUGUUGAGAACAGUCUCCAUCCUAUCCCAAUGUUGACAUGUUGAGAACAGUCUCCAUCCUAUCCCAUUGUUGACAUGUUGAGAACAGUCUCCAUCCUAUCCCAUUGUUGACAUGUUGAGAACAGUCUCCACCCUAUCCCAUUGUUGACAUGUUGAGAACAGUCUCCAUCCUAUCCCAUUGUUGACAUGUUGAGAACAGUCUCCAUCCUAUCCCAUUGUUGAGAACAGUCUCCAUCCUAUCCCAUUGUUGACAUGUUGAGAACAGUCUCCACCCUAUCCCAUUGUUGACAUGUUGAGAACAGUCUCCACCCUAUCCCAUUGUUGACAUGUUGAGAACAGUCUCCACCCUAUCCCAUUGUUGACAUGUUGAGAACAGUCUCCAUCCUAUCCCAUUGUUGACAUGUUGAGAACAGUCUCCAUCCUAUCCCAUUGUUGACAUGUUGAGAACAGUCUCCAUCCUAUCCCAUUGUUGAGAACAGUCUCCAUCCUAUCCCAUUGUUGACAUGUUGAGAACAGUCUCCACCCUAUCCCAUUGUUGACAUGUUGAGAACAGUCUCCAUCCUAUCCCAUUGUUGACAUGUUGAGAACAGUCUCCAUCCUAUCCCAUUGUUGACAUGUUGAGAACAGUCUCCACCCUAUCCCAUUGUUGACAUGUUGAGAACAGUCUCCACCCUAUCCCAUUGUUGAGAACAGUCUCCACCCUAUCCCAUUGUUGACAUGUUGAGAACAGUCUCCACCCUAUCCCAUUGUUGACAUGUUGAGAACAGUCUCCAUCCUAUCCCAUUGUUGACAUGUUGAGAACAGUCUCCACCCUAUCCCAUUGUUGACAUGUUGAGAACAGUCUCCAUCCUAUCCCAUUGUUGACAUGUUGAGAACAGUCUCCAUCCUAUCCCAUUGUUGACAUGUUGAGAACAGUCUCCAUCCUAUCCCAUUGUUGAGAACAGUCUCCAUCCUAUCCCAUUGUUGACAUGUUGAGAACAGUCUCCACCCUAUCCCAUUGUUGACAUGUUGAGAACAGUCUCCAUCCUAUCCCAUUGUUGACAUGUUGAGAACAGUCUCCAUCCUAUCCCAUUGUCGUUGUUUUUCUAUACAUGCAAUAGUGUAUUGAAUGAUAAAUGUAAAACUUUGUGCACUGAACAAAAUUAGUGAGAGAACUCGUUUUGCCUCGUUUACUCAUAAGCCUAUGAUAAAAAAAGGAAUUUAUCAAUGAAUUUGAUGAAACACUAACGUAAGUCUGCCCCUCAUUUUUCACAUAGGGAUAUUUUCUAAAUAAUGAAGCAGAUUGACAAAGGUCAGUUUGAUAAAUUAAGUAGGAACAAACUAAAUAUUCAUUACACAUUGGUAUUUUGUUUGUACAUUAUCUUUGCUUGAUUUAAUUGGUUAUCAUUCCUCUUUGCCAAGUCAAGAUUCAAUUACAUUACUGUGAAACACUUUUCCAUUGUGUAUAUUAAUGACAUGGUCCAUCAUCACUUUUAGUUAGAUUUUAGAGUAAAGUUUGAGCUUUGGUUUACACCAUUGUAUUACAGUUUAUUUUUUAUUGUAUUUGAUUCCGUCAAACAGGACUCUUGUUUUGUGUAACUACCACACGUCUUAACAAGACCAAGAGCAGGUUUUAAUUUUGUGUCAAAACAAAAACAACUGCUCAAUUGGGCUCUGGAGUGGCGCAGCAUCUCAGUGCUAGAGGCGUCACUACAGACCCUGGUUCGAUUCCAGGCUGUAUCACAACCGGCCGUGAUUGGGAGUCCCAUAGAGCGGCGCGCUAUUGGCCCAGCGUCGUCCGGGUUAGGGUUUGGCCGGGUUAGGGUUUGGCUGGGGUAGGCCAUCAUUGUAAAUAAGAAUGUGUUCUUAACGGACUUGCCUAGUUAAAUAAAAAUACAAAUUAAUUAGAAAAUGUAACAUUUGCCUUGUUUAGGUUGAAUUGUACUUACAUCAUAUGAGAUUAUAUAAAUCUACAUGUCUAGAAUAUGAAAAUAUGUAUUUCUUUUUGUAAAAUGUAUAUUUAAGUUAACGGUAGCAAGAUUGCAUACUCAGAAACAUCGGGACAACUCCUGUCUUAGACUUCAAGACCGCCAUUUUGUUGUCUUCGCUCUACAAAGAGACAAUAAUUGGAAUCUUGGUAGCUUUGAUGUUGCUGACUAAGAAGGUAGUCACCCUGUUGUGAUUGGUGACGUCAUCUUUCUCGGUCUACCUGUAAUGUAGCCUAGUUAUGUCAGCUGUGUAUGAAGUCAUUUUGCAGUGUGUGUGUUUUUAAGGCUUUGAGUUUGUGCUGGUUGAAAUGUUAUGCUAAUGGCGGGGUGAUAUUUACUACCGGAUUCCACCUUGUCCUGAGUUUGUCACAAAGCCUAGAUUGGGUGGUUUAAUAACAUUUUGGUUUCCUUUAACAAGGUGUGUAUUGUAUGUGAUGUUUUUGGUAGACUCAUCCCAAACGUGUGCUGUGUACCUGACCACAUUAAUACACAACUAUUACAUGUGAAGUGGGACAGAUUUAUGCUAAAUAAAUCUACUUGACAUCGA